CGAAAAAUUCUUACCAGAUAUUAUGAACAACUUUCAGCCGCCAAACCGGAAGAACUAUUCCGAAUGAAGCGACUGUCAAAAUUCACUUCCUGUUUACAUUGGUUACUCUUUACAGACAAGCUAAUAAAACAAUGUCUGACUUGAACCCAAGGCCUUACCCAGGGUACAAUCCAAGAGGCGAAGAUGAUUCUCCCCGCCCAAAUGCAAGGGUAAAGCCAGAAGCUGAGGAGUUUGCUAACAAAGGCCGUGGUUCUUUAGAUCUGUUUGCCUCAACACCGAGGGUUAUCCCUACUUCCACAAGAGAGCCUCGUUGUCCGGGAGGUGAAGCAAGACAGAAUUACGAAGUAGGCCGUCAUGGAACUGUUAAUAAACUUUUAUAUGGACAAGCUACUCCACGUAAUGAUGAGCUGGCAGUUCCGAGAGUAAAGGACGAAGCUAGACCUAUUGCAGAAGGGCAUCAAGGCAAAGCAACAUCACAAUUGUUUAAUUCAUAUGGUAGAUUUCAAAGGGAUACACCACGUGCAUCACGUGUUAAGCCAGAAGCUGAAACUACUGCAGAACAGCACCAGGGCGGAAGAAUGAACAAUUUAUUGCAUGAUCCUAAAAAGCUUCCAAGCUCAGCUCGUGCAGCACCAAGGGUCAAGGUCGAGGCAUCAGCAAAUGCAGACCUUGGUCGAGGUGGACAGAUGAAUAAAACAAUUCACAGUUAUGGAUCAAACUCAUCUCGUGUAGAGUACCAUGCUCGUGUGAAACCAGAAGCAUCAGAAAAUGCUGAAAAGGGAAAAGGUUAUAUGGGAACAUUAAUGGGAAAAUAUGGGAAAUUGCCACUGGAUGAUCAACCAACUCAGAAAGUGCGUGGAGAAGGUGGUGAUAAUGCAAGUCUUGAUCAAGGUGGUAGGAUGUCUCGUUUGAUGCAUGAAGGCAGCAGGUUACCACAAGACCCUAGGCCAAUACCAAGGGCUAACAGUAAGGCAGCCAAACAUAUUCUUAGAGCAAGCAGAGGUCAAAUAGGUCAAUUAUUUGCUGAAGCCGGAAAGCACCAAACAGUUCCUAAAGCAGGAAUAAGAUCAGCACCCCCUUUGAGAAUAUAUUAGUCUAAUGCUUAGUUAAGUUAUAGAAGCAGAAGAGAAUUGCCUUGUGCUGUACAGUGCUUUAUCAGAUUGGUACCAAUUUAGUGGCACCAACCUAGCUUUUAGUGUACUGACAUGAGUAUUAUACCAUACUUGGACAAAUAAAAAAUUGGUUUUUGCUGAGUAGUUAUCUCAAGCUAAAAGAAACAGUGUUACAGAGUCAGACAUUAUGAUGCCUUUUGAAUGGAAGAUUUGGUUAAACAUUUAGUCUACCCCUUUGAUUGUUUUACUGUCAUAAUUGUGCCUUGUUUAUGACAAUGUGAUCUUAUUUAAAACAAUGUUACAUGUUUAUAUUCUUUAUGCUUUUUAUUUUCUUUGAAACUUUUAAAGAGCAUUGUUGCUUUAAAGAUUUUUUUUAUUUUCAACUACAUGUAUAUAUUAUGCUUGUUUCUAAAAGUAAGGUUUAUGUAUUUUUCAAGCGGAAGUAGAUAUAGUUAAAUUUUUAAAAAAGAUUUUGUUUCUUGUCCCAAGAGGGGACCGAAUUUAGUGGAAAAUGAUAAGAUUACUUUAGUUAGACAUUGCAUUUAUAAAGAUUGUUAAGAAUAUUUUUUUGCUUACACAUGUCAUUUGCUAUGCUGAGGUCAUUCUUUUAAAGCAGCUCCACAAGAUUUGUGUUAUUUUUUAUGAUAAAUUAAAAGUGGGGAGCAUACUGUGAUGGGGU